GCGCAAGUUUCAAGUCAAUCAGAGAUCAAUUGACGAUUCGAGAGAGGAAACUCGGGCAUGACCUGAAGAAGAAUGGAUUUCUACCUCACUUUAUGGACAAAUAAGCGUGCAAGCUUGUUAUGAAACGAAAGAGGACGAGACUACGAGCGUCUGGGAUCAAACGGCGACUGAUUCGGAGUCCGGACGAGGGAGAAACGAAGCAUUAAACAGAGGCUGAGCAAGCUGCACGGGCAGACCAGCGUGGCCACGCACGGCCGUGCAAGUGACCAGUUUGGCCGUGCGAGAUUGUGCGUGGGCACGCAUGGGAUUGUGCGUGGGCACGCAUGGGAUUGUGCGUGGCCACGCACGGCCGUGCAACAUACAAUUCUGGCCGUGCGAGUUGGCUGAGGUUCAACUAAUUGAUACGCCGCGUUUUGAGGUGCACGGCCAGAAUGGUGAUGUGCACGGCCGUGCACCCUGGCCGUGCGAGUCGGGAAUGGCUGUUUUUAACCCAAAUUCGAGCCAAAGGAGAGGGAGAGCUGGGUUUUGGAUCCCAAACACCCAAGGGACGAACCCUAGAGAGAGAGAGCGACUUGGAAACAUUCUUGGAGCUAUUUUGGAGGAUUUCUUCGCCAUUGGAGCUCGGGAAUCAAGCUUGGAGAUGGAGAUUGAAGAUCUAGAUCAGAUUUCUGCAGUCUCUCUCUUCUCUAUGGAGUAACUUCCCUUCACUUAGGUUUUGAGGAACCCUAGUUCCAUGAGUUAGGAUCUUUCUUGUAUGAAGUUUUGGAUGCUAUAUUGUUUGAUUAUAAUCGAAUGAUGCAUGGUUAUUGAGUCAAUUGAAGUCUGAUCAACUUUUCCUGAUUUCUGCUGCAAUCUGAGAUAGAUAGAAUCUGAUUAGGUUGCUAGAGUCUCAUCAUUCGGUAGUAGGAGAUUGGCUAUACGAGAGUUAGCCAGUUUACUGCUUUGUACUGGAAUCCAAUUCCAGUAGUGGAGUUCUGUGCUUAUUGCAUCAGCUUUCUAUCCCGGUGAAGACUAGUCGUCUGCCGGAUAGUUAGACUGAGAGGGCUUGGUCGGCUUAAGAGAUUCCAAGCUACUGUCGGGUCUUCCGCAGUUUAAUCAACAGUAAAUCAACCA